AUGACAACUGCGAUUGUUGGGGCAUUAGCCUGUCAGAAGAAUUCAUUCUUAAAAGUAUUCAACACCACCGUAGUCUCCAGUUUUGAGUUUGUUCCUCCACCAACUCCAAGAGACAAGCAAAACAAGAAUAAGAAAUCAUCCUCACCAGAAGUCAAACAGACCGAGUAUGGAGUUGAGUUAAAGGACACGAUUUUGUUCCCUGAAGGUGGUGGUCAACCUUUCGAUAAGGGAACCAUAACUUUACCGGACAAUAAGGAAAUCACUGUCAAAUCUGUUAUUCGUGACAAGUUAAAGGCUAUUCAUAUUACUAAUGAAUUGAUUGAACCAGGAACCGAAGUUACAUUGAAGGUGGACUGGAACAGAAGAAUCGAUAUCAUGCAGCAACACACCGGCCAACACUUACUUUCUGCUGUAUUUGACACCUACAAUCUUGAAACCUUGAGUUGGUCCAUGGGUGAUGUUAUAAAUUAUAUUGAAUUACCAGAAAAAGUAUCGGAAGAAAUUGUAGCUGAAGUUAACACCAAAGUCAACGAGUUAAUCUUGGAAAAUCACGAGAUCAAAGUUGUUACUCCUGAUCAACACGGUCAUGAAGUCGAUGUCAGUCAUUUACCAGACGACUAUGAUUUGUCCAAGGGUAUUAUUCGUAUUGUUAAGAUUGGUGAAUUGGAUGCUAAUCCUUGUUGUGGUACGCACUUGACUUCAACUGGCCAAAUUCAAUCUAUUGCUCUUUUGCAUCAAGUUAGUGUAAGAGGUGGCCAUUCUCGUUUGUAUUUUACUUGUGGGAACAGAGUUUCAAACUACUUAAGAAAAGAGCACGAGAUAUUGAAAGAUGUGUCUGGAAGCCAAUUAUCUUGCCAAAUUGAAGAAGUUGUCGAUAAGGUCGCACAAUUAAACAAAAACUACCGUAAGGCAAACUCAACUGUAUCUGGUUUACUCAAGGAAAUUGCUGGUAUGGAAGCUGCAAGACUUUUUACCAAGUUCCAAAAGGACGAACAGUCAGUUGGUUAUGUAUACCGUGCUGAUAACAAUCCUGAAUAUUUAACCUCGGUUCAAAAAGAAAUUUCUACUUUAAUCAACAACAGCAAAGGUUUAAAUGUUGAUUUGAGUUCUAAGCAGACUCUUGUUUUGAUUAAUGGUGACUACCCUUCAGGUACUGGUGGUAUGGUCAAGGUCAUGGGGCCAAAGGCCGAAGAAAUCCAAUCAGAAUUGAAACAAAGAUUGACACAAUUGAAAGGUGGAGGAAAAGGUGCUUCAUUCCAAGGUAAGAUUCCUAAAUAUGAAAAGGGAGAAUUAGAGUCAGUGUUAUUAUACUUGAACACUAUUUGUGAUUAA